UCAUUCAAGCGAUAGCAUUCGUGCAGCGAGCAACACAGCGAAGAGCCAUAACCAAAAAGUCUGUGAAAAUAUUUUCUUCGUUUAUUUUACAAAAAAAAAUAAACUAACGAACUCAUCACGAAAUGUGUACCGAACAGUACGAGAACAACGUCAACAUGACAGCCGAGCACCAGCUCCAACAGCGGCAAAAGAAGGUCAGCUAUAGCAUUAAACGUUUGUUGAGGCAACUCUUCAAACAGCAACAGAAAUCAGAGCAGCAGAAGCAGCAACAAGAACUUAUUGAAAAUUUCGAAAACACCAACAAAGCUAACUCUUUGGAGUCGCUCGAAUCAUUGGAGAAUUCCCGCAAUGCCGAUUUGGAGUCCGAAGCUGAGUGCAUCUCUCUCGAAUCGUCUGAGAAUGAUGCCAAUGAACGUUUGGCUGCCUCCUGUGAAUUGGAAGAUAACGAAUUUGCCGAUAUCAGCAGCGUGCCAGUACAUUUUCUACGCACUGCCCAUGGCACUUUUUUCUGGACCGCCAACAACGAUUUGCCAGCCGAUAACGAUUUGAUUGAACCAUUGUACUGCAGCACUGGCAAUCAGAUCGCCACCACACAAAUGCAAGAUCGUUGGGCACAAGCUUGAGUGGGCAGCGCGCAAGAGAGAGGGUGAGAGAAUGAAAGUGAAAGUGGUGUAACGAUGCGCAACUAAUGUCUUCCAGAUCAGCCGAACUGAUGUCUUCCAGGGCGCCAUGAGAUUUUGGGCCAUGCUGAAACGCAAAGCUUUAUUUGUUUGUGAUAUUUUGUUUGAAAAGAAAAUAAUAUUUACAAGUAUUUUUACAAGAGAAUUAAUUAUAUAAUAUAGAAAACAAAAAAAAAUCCAAA